AUGCCCACGUCCUUGUCUUACCACCCUCAAACCAUCCACCAAACUCGCCACCAUCACCGACCGCCAAAAGCCAGAGAGCCCUGUUGCAUUGACCACGUUGCCAGCCAACCAACGGCCGACGAUAGCCGCUUGGGCAUCAGCCACCAGACUAUCUAG